UUCAGGGGGAACUGGGAACCAGGGAAAGUGUGUGGAGGCAGGAGAUGGGGCAGGUGUGAGGAGGGGAACCUGGGCCAGGUACUGUUCUGAGUUGCAGACUCCAUGUGCUCCGUGCUGAGCUCUAAGGGCUGAGUAAACAGAGGUUCUUAGGACUGGGGUGUGAACUCUCAUAAGUCAUGGCCUCUCCUGUGAGACCAGACAGAGUUGGCACUAAGCUGUAAUCAGGGUCAGAUGAGAGAGAAGGUGCUGACAUGGUGCAUGGGGUAGGAGACGAUGCUGAGGUCCUGGCAGCCCCCAUGUGAGCACCAGGGAGAUGAAGGUGGGCUGGAUGGAUCGGGGUAUCUGGGGAAGCUUCUCUGACCUGCUGGGGGAUCUCUCAGCCUUAUCCAGCUAUGAAGAUGCUCUUGCUGAAGCUGUGUAUGAGGAGCUCGAUUACCUUCUGACCCAGAAGGAAGGUCUGGGCAGCCCAGAUCAGAGGACUGAUGUCCCUGCUGAAAAUUACGAUGAUGCUGAAGAAGUACCAGUGCCUGGAACUCCUUCUGUCUCUCAGGGGAACGAGGAGGAAGUGUCCCCAGAGGAGAAUAGGGUGAGGUCCUCUCAGACAGGCUCUUAUCUGAACUUCUCCAGAGAGGCAGCUGAUCCUGGGCAAGGAGAAGAGAGCCUCUGGCUGCUCCAGGGGAAGAAAGAGGUGCUGGGUACGAUGAUGUUGAACUCAGUGCCCUGGGAACAUCCCCAGUGACUUUCUCGUGAUGCUGUAUUAAAUAUGAGAUGAAGCCUCAGAUAGUCUAAUUGCCUGUAUUUCAAUAGAGUAGUGCUGACCUGUAAUUGUGUCAUAUGAAAAUUGCUCAAAAUGAAAUAUUCUGAAUAAAUUAACUUUUUGCUGUGCUGUUAA